CCGUAGGUGUUUGUGAAUUCCCUGCAGCGCCUGCUUCGCUGGAGACCUGAGGCGCCAGGCUUCAGUAGCGGUUCGACACGCGCGCGCUCGCCCGCCCGCCCGCCGCUGUCUCGCGGUCCCCGUUGGGCGGCUGAGCCGGGAGGGAGGAUCUGCGGCCACUUCUCGCCCUCCUACUGCUCUCUAGGGGCGGGCACGCGGAUAAAAUGGCGAAGUGGGGGUAGCUGGCGCGGAACCUGAAGCGAUGGGGCGCACUCGCGGGGCGGUCGUUGGAGCCUCCUGAGGUGGGCGCGGGGUGGUUCGCCGCGGCAGUUUGAACUGGCGACCUCGGGCCGGCGCCUAAGAGGUCAGAUCACGGACUCCGCGGGUCGCUGUAGGCCCCGCCGCGAGUCGGAGGCAAUGGAUGAACAGAGUGUAGAGAGCAUUGCUGAGGUUUUUCGAUGUUUCAUCUGUAUGGAGAAAUUGCGGGAUGCACGCCUGUGUCCUCAUUGCUCCAAGCUUUGUUGUUUCAGCUGUAUCAGGCGCUGGCUGACAGAGCAGAGAGCUCAAUGUCCUCAUUGCCGUGCUCCACUCCAGAUACGAGAACUAGUAAACUGUCGUUGGGCAGAAGAAGUAACACAACAGCUUGAUACUCUUCAACUCUGUAGUCUCACCAAACAUGAAGAAAAUGAAAAGGACAAAUGUGAAAAUCAUCAUGAAAAACUUAGUGUAUUUUGCUGGACCUGUAAGAAGUGUAUCUGCCAUCAGUGUGCACUUUGGGGAGGAAUGCACGGUGGACAUACCUUUAAACCUUUGGCGGAAAUAUACGAGCAGCAUGUUACUAAAGUGAAUGAAGAGGUAGCUAAACUUCGUCGGCGUCUCAUGGAACUAAUCAGCUUAGUUCAAGAAGUGGAAAGAAAUGUAGAAGCUGUAAGAAAUGCAAAAGAUGAGCGUGUUCGGGAAAUUAGGAAUGCAGUGGAGAUGAUGAUUGCACGACUAGACACGCAGCUGAAGAAUAAGCUUAUAACACUGAUGGGUCAGAAGACUUCUCUAACACAAGAAACAGAGCUUUUGGAAUCCUUACUUCAGGAGGUAGAGCACCAGUUACGAUCUUGUAGUAAGAGUGAGUUGAUAUCUAAGAGCUCAGAGAUCCUCAUGAUGUUUCAGCAAGUUCAUCGCAAGCCCAUGGCAUCCUUUGUUACCACUCCUGUUCCACCAGAUUUUACCAGUGAAUUAGUACCAUCUUAUGAUUCAGCUACUUUUGUUUUAGAGAAUUUCAGCACUUUGCGCCAGAGAGCAGAUCCUGUUUACAGUCCACCUCUUCAAGUUUCAGGACUUUGUUGGAGAUUAAAAGUUUACCCAGAUGGAAAUGGAGUUGUUCGUGGUUACUACUUAUCUGUGUUUCUGGAACUCUCAGCUGGCUUGCCUGAAACUUCCAAAUAUGAAUAUCGUGUAGAAAUGGUUCAUCAGUCCUGCAAUGAUCCUACGAAAAACAUCAUUCGAGAGUUUGCAUCUGACUUUGAAGUUGGAGAAUGCUGGGGUUAUAAUAGAUUUUUCCGUUUGGACUUACUUGCAAAUGAAGGAUACUUGAAUCGACAAAAUGAUACAGUAAUUUUAAGGUUUCAGGUUCGUUCACCAACUUUCUUUCAAAAAUGCCGGGACCAGCAUUGGUAUAUUACUCAAUUGGAGGCUGCACAGACUAGCUAUAUCCAACAAAUAAAUAACCUUAAAGAGAGACUUACUAUUGAGUUAUCUCGAACUCAGAAAUCAAGAGAUUUGUCACCACCAGCUAAUCAUCUUAGCCCCCAAAAUGAUGACAGUCCUGAGACACGAUCUAAGAAGUCUGGGUCCUGUGCUGACAUGCUUCUCCAGGAUGGUCCUAUUUCAGCUUCUGUAAGAGAGGCCAAAGAGGAUGAAGAUGAGGAGAAGAUUCAGAAUGAGGAUUAUCAUCAUGAGCUUUCAGAUGGGGAUCUGGAUCUCGAUCUUGUUGGUGAAGAUGAAGUAAACCACCUCGAUGGUAGCAGUUCCUCUGCCAGUUCCACAGCAACAAGUAACACGGAGGAAAAUGACAUUGAUGAAGAAACUAUGUCUGGAGAAAAUGAUGUGGAGUACAACAACAUGGAAUUGGAAGAGGGGGAACUGAUGGAAGAUUCGGCUGCUGCAGGACCUCCAGGUGGUAACCAUGGCUAUGUUGGUGCCAGUAGUAGAAUGUCAAGAAGAACACACUUAUGUUCUGCUACUACAAGUAAUUUAUUAGACAUUGAUCCUUUCAUUUUAAUGCAUUUGUUGGACCUUAAGGGCCGGAACAGUAUGGAAAAUUUGUGGGGCUUACAACCUCGCCCACCUGCGUCACUGUUGCAGCCCACAGUUUCAUAUUGUCGAAAAGAUAAAGAUCAAAGGAAACAGCAGGCAAUGUGGCGAGUUCCCUCUGACUUAAAGAUGCUAAAAAGACUGAAAACUCAAAUGGCUGAAGUUCGAUGUAUGAAGACUGAUGUAAAGAAUCCACUUUCAGAAAUAAAAAGCAGCAAUGCUCCUUCUGGAGACAUGCAGACAAGCCUUUUUUCUGCUGACCAGGCAGCUCUGGCUGCAUGUGGAACUGAAAACUCUGGCAGAUUACAGGAUUUGGGAAUGGAGCUCUUGGCAAAGUCAUCAGUUGCCAGUUGCUACAUACGAAACUCCACAAAUAAGAAGAGUAAUUCACCCAAGCCAGCUCGGUCCAGUAUAGCAGGUAGUCUAUCACUUCGAAGAGCAGUAGACCCUGGGGAAAAUACCUAUUCAAGGGGAGACUGUCAACCUCUGUCUGAAGUUUCCCCAGGAAGCUCUCAGUCUGGGAGCAGGCACAGUUCUCCUCGAGCCUUGACACAUGGCAGUUUCGGUGAUAUUCUGCCGAAAUCUGAAGACCUGCAGAGUCAGGCUUUGGAUUCAAAUGCUAUUGUGGUUGCAGUUAUCAAUGGCUUACCUGCUGUUGAGAAAAGGAGGAAGAUGGUCACCUUGGGGACUAAUGUUAAAGGAGGUCGUCUGGAAGGAAUGCAAAUGACUGACUUGGAAAAUAAUUCUGAAACUGGGGAAUUACAGGCUAUACUGCCUGAAGGAGCUUCAGCUGCCCCUGAGGAAGGAAUGAGUAGCGACAGUGAUGUGGAAUGUGACACCGAGAACGAGGAGCAGGAAGAGCACACCAGCCUGGGCGGAUUCAACGACUCUUUCACAGCACAGCCCCCAGAUGAAGAUACACAUUCUAGUUUUCCUGAUGGUGAACAAAUAGGCCUUGAAGAUCUCAGCUUCAGUACUGAAGACAACAGUGGAAGGUAAUUUUCAAACCAAGAGAACUGACUUGCAAGCUAUCUUGACCCUGAAAUUUGCUGAAGUUGGUGCUCAAAUUGUCAUCUAUCAGAUUUUGUCUAAUUUUUUUUCAUCAUAUCUACCUGAAAUGAUAAUUAUGAAACUUUAGAAAGUAGCACAAUUCUACUAGAAGACUUUAGUACACAGGAAAAAAAGUGUGGGAAGAAUUCUGUGUGAUGUAGUAAAUAAAUAUGUAGUCCUUAAUUAAUUUAGUAAAGUAGUAUAUUCUUAAAGAGCAGUUUGUCGACUACAACAGAAGAGCAAGUAACUACCGAAAAAUGUCCCCAGAGACGUGCAUGUGCUCAGUGAUGUUGGCUCCUGGUCCUGUCCUGUUUUUGGCUAGGUGCUCAGUUGUGUUUAAGUGCCUGGCUUUUGGGUCUUAACCAGUGUAUAGUUUCAUUAGUGCCUGUAGAUUAGUGAACAGAAAAAUUACUUAUGUGUAGAUUCUGUCCCGUAGAUACUUUAUUAUGUGAAUGACUGAAGUAACACUACACUAACUAAAGUUAACUUAUUUAUCUUUUCGUGUGUUUAUUCAAGUGCAGGCACACUGAUCAAUGGCUCAUAAUCUUUCUAUUGUGUGACUUUUACAAGUGUAUUUUUACUAGUAAAUAAGUUAAUGUGGAUUGGUUAUAUUCCUGGUUACAUGAAUGCGUAUAAGAUCAUUUAAAGUAUCUCAUUUUUUUUUUUGCCUCUAAAGUACAAGUAUUUAAUGUCCUCUUGUUCUCCUUUUUUUCAUUAGUUGGACAUUGAUUGAUUUCAAUGUCAGGGACAUUUAAAGAAAUACAAAUUGCAGGUUUGCAUGAAACUGUGGUAUAGGUUUCUUUCAUACUUGCAAUGAGCCCAAAGUAGUUGCCAAACUUUUGCCAUUGUGCUCCUGCAUUUGUGUUUGAGCUGCUAGACUGUUGGUGAAAAUUACACUGAAAGUUGACUGAGACUAUUGAAAAAGCAUGAAUAUAUAUACAUGUGAGAGGCGUCUCAUCUGCUUAUAUUUUACUUAAUAUUCACUUUUCCAUGUCUAAUGUGUUGCCAGUUGCUAUGAUUCAUGGUUUGCUUUUGUUCAAAACAGUUUGCUCUUUUUGUUAAUAAAAUGAACUUGAGAAAA